UCCUCUGAGAUUCCUUCUUCUCAGUCGACAGUUAAAAAGACAAGUUUUUCGCUUUGACUAUCAUCAGCCUCUGAUCUCAUUCGUUCUGCUUUCCUUUGAGAGGUCUGUUUUGCCAGUCUCGCACUAUGAAGCAGACAGUGGUGGAUGGAGACGCGCCAUUUCUUCCUUCAGAAAUUAUUAUAAACAUUCUCAAACGGCUCCCUGUGAAAUCCCUAGUCCGAUUCCAAUAAUGAUGGAUGUGACCCUUUGCGCCUACAAGUGCUCGAUUGCGAGAUGCAAGUCCGUGAAGUUCAGAACCCACCUUUGAUUGGUUCCUUGCGGUGCGUUAAAGUCAUCGGUUCUAGCAAUGGCUUGCUUUGUGUUGAAAUCGAGCAGUCUCCUCCUUUACUUUUAUUGUGGAAUCCUGCAACCAGAGAGAUCAGACCGGUGCCUAGAACCAUAACUACUAAUUAUUUUGAUUAUGAUAGCACUGUAGGAUUUGGGCACAAUCCAAUCGUUAAUGAUUACAAGAUAGUGAAAACUUUUGCUGAGAUUGAUUAUGAAAUUUCCUUGGUAGAAGUGUAUUCAUUAAGCACAGGUUCAUGGAAGGAAAUAGAAUUAGGGAACUUAGAGGGUGUACAACUUUUUGGUGAUGCCUUUGCUGCUAAUGGAGCCAUCUUUUGGUAUGGCCUAAGGCUAGGUGUGGAAGAGGAUGGUGAAGAUGAUAUUGAGGUGUUGGUUUCAUUUGAUAUAGCGAUGGAAGUGUUUACAGUGAUACCAGGGCCUAGUCCAAGUUAUAACCUUACUAUGUAUGAGGGGAAACUUGCUGCACUUUCUUCCUAUGGGAUUGGAGACUGUCCAUACUAUCAAUACUAUUUGUUUGAUCUGUGGGUGAUGGAGGAAGAUAUAGGUUCAUCUGGGGAGAGAUGGAGUUGGAGUAAGAAAUAUACUAGCAUCCCUUGUUUACACCAUUUACAUCCUGGGACCAUUUGGAGGAAUGAAGUUGUCAUGUCUGGAAUUGUCGGUGAAAGUGAACAUGGAGUGGAGAAUAAUGGACUAAAACUUGGUCUCUAUCUGUUUAAUGCCACUACGAAUGAGUUUAAGAUGUUUGCCAUCCCUAGACAUAACCCUAUGUGUGAUGUUUUCAACUAUGUGGAAAGUCUUGUAGUGAUAGGAGACAUAGAUAUCGAAGAACCUUCAUCCUGAAGGUCGAUCAUCAUAAUGCAAAUUUACUUUUAUUCAAAUAUUUCCGGCGGAAUCUAUGUUAGUUUAGAUCAUUCUGUACCUUUAAGCUUUGAUGCCUUCUAGAGAAGCUAUUUAGAUCGAUGGAUGUAGACAUUUGAUAUAUUCCCUACUUUAUUUGAUCUA